CCAAUGCACAAUUAAUAAAAUUAUUCAUCAAAACAAACGACGAAAUUUCAUAACUUUCAUUAAUUUUCUUGAAUUUCUCGCUUUUAAAUCCGAAUAAAAAUGAGUGAAGCCGGCACCUCAGUAGCUGAUCGCAUGAAAGAACGCAUGGAACGGUUGAAAAAGCUGCACAACGCUCGAAAUGAAGCACGAGUCGACAAUCACAAAGAAACCAUCGCCGAGGACGAACGUAAUAAACUCCCGAAAAAUUGGGAAGCCAAGAAACGACAAGCAGACUGGUUAAUUGAGGAUAAAAAAUCGAGAGAUGCCGUUGCCGAAAAAGGUCUCGAUUACGACAGAGUCAAAUUGCUAAAUGUAUCUGCUGUGGAAGCGGAACGAAUUGACAAAUUGAAGGCCAAGAAGAAGAACGGCGAUCCAGGAUUCUCAGAUUAUGAAGCUGCAACAGCGAGACAGUACCAAAGACUGAUAAAACAGAUGCCUCCUCCUGACAUGGCAAAGUACGAGAGACAAAAGGAGGAAUUGGGCGACAGUUUUUACGGCGGAAGUAAUCCCGUGCUGUUUGGCUUGCACAAAGACUCGAAGGAAGCAGUGGAUAAAAUGGUCAAAGACCUUGACGGGCAAAUCGCGAAGAGGAAAAAGUACUCGAGAAGACGUACACACAACGACGACGAAGAUAUCAGCUAUAUCAACGACAAAAAUGCGCGAUUCAACAAGAAACUCGAUCGAUUCUACGGCGAAUAUACGCAGGAAAUCAAACAAAAUUUGGAACGAGGAACAGCUAUAUAGAAAAAAAACUUUUAUUUUUUUAUUAUAUUAUUUUAUUCAAAUAAAUAUUUAAUAAUAUUACAAAGCUAUU